UAACAUGCAUUACCUCUCAUUCUGAUGCUAAUUACCUCAAAUAUAGUAAAACCUCUUUAAAGGGUUUGAGCUAAUUUAAUGAACAGCUGACACUCAAAGAAUUAUUAUCAUAUACUAAUAAUUAAAACUAUUAAUUGACCAUUUUAGAUUGUGUUAAGUGAAAUAUAACACUCUUGGUAAAGAACCUGGCUGACCUAUAAAAAAAAACUGAGCUAAAAACAGAUUUAAAGUUGAUUACAAUUAAUCUCACAAGCCAGACUUCUGGCAACUAGCACCUUGCUUGCCAGUGAAGUUGUACUCAACUAACUACUUAAAGAAAUGACAGAAAAAAACCUGACUGAACUGAUAUGACCUUUACACUCCUCUCAGCAUAAGCACAUGCUCAGUCAGUACACACUCAGUUCAGCUCUGAUACCUUGCUCCUUGCUCGCGUGACCAUGGAGCUUGUAUGUUUUAUUUGGCAAUGACCUACAGCUGCAGGGCAGAGGACCACAAAACAUAACAGACUUCACAUCUUCAUACAGCAGUGCACCAGCAUUUAUCAGAGGAAUGUCAACUUUUAAUGCACAAACAAUCUGGCUGUGCAUCAACAAAACUAUAUUAUUAUUAUCUUCUUUUAUUACUACUGUACAACCAAUACUGGCAGUGCAUGCCAUUUCCAAUUAUAGUGAGUGCAGAUGUAUUCUACGUUCAUUAUAUAAGCAUAAAAACCAAAGACCUAAAUGAGAGCGAGGUGCUAACUGAUAUCAGAUCAAAACCCAAAUUAAAACUACAGAAGUGGGUCAUGUUGCAUGAUAUGGGCACUAUAAGAAUCGCAUAUCAGGUCUUAAACUCCACAACCAGCCUGAGUUCCCUUAAGGGUCUUGGCUCCUUUAGCUGCUGACAUUUACUCACUCUGACAUGUUCGUAAAAUUUCCUUGGAGCUGAAUAAGUUUUUUUGUCAGUAUUGUUUUGUCUGUUUUGUCUCAGAUAUGGCUAUAUGUUCAGAUUUUGUCUAUUAAAAUGUUUAGUACACAUUCCGGUGUUAAAAGUUGCACUGCCUUUGCCAAGACAGCUUUGAAUUGUCUAAUAAAAAAUACAUAACACUACAUAUUUGAAGUUGUUUGGAGACAGUCUUAGUAGAACUGUUUUAAGAAAGUGUUUACUGAAAUCUUGCAGUGACUCUCAGCGUGUCUAGUUUUCUUCCACGUCAUUGGCUGUUGGUGUCGAUGUGGAUUAUGCUAGUCAGCCCACGGUCAUGCUGAAGAAUGGACUCUACUGCAUAUAAAUCAGGUGACUGCACAAGUGGGGGGUUCUUCUCCAGCGCAUCAGGACGGCACAAAGCCUAGCAGCCCUCAGUCGCACACAGACUCGACUCGAAACAAGGACUUCAAUUGUCUUCUCGCAUCCAGAGACUGUCAUUUUUUAGGGGAAUAUUCUAGACUAUUAUUAUUCAACUUACUUUUUGAAAGUGUUGAAUUGUUAGUUGUGCGUUGCAGUUUUUGAACACUUUUUUGUAUUUCUGAAUUGAAGUCAGAAUGCUGGAUCCACUAGCUGAGUUGAGAAGAAGCGGAGGCUUUAGGCAGUGUGGUGGCCGGUUGUCCUGGCAGGUGCGUUGGAUCUUGUACAGCGUGUGCAUACUGACAGUAAUAAACUGUGCCGGCCUGGUUCUGCUCCUGGUUCAGCAGAGAGAGCUGUGGGCUCAUCUGACUGAGGUGGAGAGGCAGAUGGUGGAGAUUUCUCAGAGCUCCGUGGUGGAGUUCAUGACGCAGGUGAAUGAAGAUGAGCCAGAGUAUCAAAACUCCAGAAACAAACGCAGCCGGCAGCAUCGAGGGACACGACCCUUUGAGGAGCACGAGGGGAGUGUGGGAGAGGAAGUCUUGGGAGAUUUCCAGUAUCAGUAUCCGCAGAUGCAUGGGCCGGUUUACCAGCACAAAACAGAAGAGCAGGAUGGAAUGAUGAUGAUGAUGACCUACUCUAUGGUGCCAGUUAAAAUUCUUCUGGACAUUUGCAACAGUACUAAAGGUGUCUGUUUGACCGGGCCACCAGGACCACCAGGAAUUCCAGGCUUGCCGGGUGUGGACGGAAUGCCGGGGUAUAACGGAACAGAUGGAAUUCCAGGGUUGCCAGGAGAGCCUGGAGCACAUGGAAAACGAGGAAAAAGAGGUCCUCCGGGUGAGAAGGGUGAGCCUGGUGAGAGAGGAGAGCAAGGGUAUCUUGGACCCCCAGGACCCCCUGGAGAACAGGGCGAACCUUCAAAUGAUGUCAUUGUAGAGGGUCCACCUGGUCCAAUGGGACCCCCUGGCCUCCCUGGUCCACCUGGCCCUCCAGGUCCCCCUGGGCCUCAAGGGCCACCAAGACACAGGAGCCACAGAGCACAUCUCCACAUGGGGAAGGAGUCUGUAGGUCACCUUAAUUCAGUCCCAAAUGAUGACACCAUCAGCCAGAAAAUAGUAUCAUGGAAGAUAAACGACUGUGUCAUAAAGUCAGUGCAGAACCCCAGACAUCUGAUGAAAAUGAGCAGCACGUUUGGAGCAUGGAUGAUGGACACUGCUGCUCACGACAAUGAGAAGAUCUGGGUGGCAGAACAUUUCUCAGGACGUAUCAUAAAGGAGUACAACAGUAUUGCAGCGUUCCAGAACAGCAGCAGCGAGUCCAUUGAUGUCCGAAAAUUUUUCCAAGGUUGCGGCCACGCUGUACAUAACGGCUCCAUAUUCUACCACAUCGCUGGAACUUCCAAUAUUGCUAAGUUUGACCUCCAGAUGAAGAUCUUACACACGCUGACCAUUGAAAACGCUUUCUAUCACAAUAAGUCCUACCUCCUUGAGAACUCAAAGACAUAUUUCAAAUUGGCAACAGAGGAGAACGGUAUGUGGAUCAUAUUUGCCUCCAACAUUGACGACAACAUAAUGGUGGCGCGACUGGACGAGAAAACGUUCUCCGUCACUGCGUACAUCAACGCCACCUAUCCCAGGACCAAGGCCGGUAAUGUGUUUAUCGCCUGCGGGAUCCUCUACGUCACGGAUACUAAAGACACAAAGGUGACAUACGCCUUCGACCUCCUGAAAGAGAAGCCUGUUAGUGUCAGUUUAGAUCUGAGGGCACCUGGAGGGGUUCUGUCCAUGAUCUCAUACAACCCCAGAGACAAACAUCUCUACAUAUGGGACAGCAGCUACGUCAAAUCAUACCAAGUCCAGUUCCUCUCAGAUGAAUAAUCAAAAAUGCAUGACAAUUGGCAUAUCUAUAAGCAAAUAACCUAUGUUUCUGUUGUUACCCAUGUGUACCCAUAUAUUUUUAUUUUAUUUUCUUGAGUCUAUCUAGUGAUGUUUGAUAUUUGAUGCAAGUAUUUGGACACUUUAGCUACCCUUAAAUUUUAAUGUGUUAGGUAUCAAAACAUAAAACCAAGUGUCAUCGAACAUCAAGCAAACAGGGCUUUUAGACAACUGCUGAUUUUUUUUUUUGUAGUUUUAUUAAAUCAGUUCUCUUCAAGUUUACACAUAUUAAUCAUUUAAAAUGUGUGAACUUGAAGACAAGGCACUAUAUUUUCAAUUCUGGCUUUUAAUCAUUUAAAGCCAGGAUUGAAAAUAUAGUGACUUGCCCAAUACAAGCUUGAAAAAAAAAAAAUAAAAUUUAAAAUUAAAUCCUGCACACUACUCAAACUUGUGCAAUUACAUUUUACUAGUAACGUUUCAAGCCUGAGAAGGGUCAAUUCACUGGAAAAAUGCUAAGAAAAUUUUGCAGAUACAAGUUUGAGUAGAGUGCAGUAUUUCAGUUUAUCAUUUAAAGUCUAAAUCUUUGUAAAAUGUUUAGGUUGAAAAUUUAGCUUGCGCUUACUUUCUUUAAAAUAAAUGCACUUGGUUUUAUUUUUUCUCUCAUGUAAUGACAUUAAGGCAUUUUUAAAUCUGAUUUAAGUGUCUAAAUGCAGUUUGGGGCUACCAUAUUUAUUAUUUUUUUUGGCAUUUUUACUUUUCUAUGUUGCAUUUUCCUUUUUUGGAUAACAUGCAUUUUAAGUGAAUAUUUAUUAAUUCAUGUAGCAUGAGCAGAGCUAGUUUUUGCGCAAAUUGUUCAUGAAACCAUUGUUAUCGUUUACAUAGAAAUUCAUUCUCCUCUUGUUUCAUGAAUGAGGCCAAAUGUGUGUAAAUAUUAAAUGGAAUAUGUAUGUGCAUUACAUGAAUUUAGUAAUUUCGUAUACAUAACCAUUGUUUGUCGACUUUAAGGUAACGUCACUCAAACACCACAUGAUAAGAUUAGGUAUGUGCAUUAAGUAAAAGUGAAUUUUGAUUUUAAUGUCGACUUCAUGUUUAUAAAAUGUGUUUGACUGCUAGUAUGUAUAA